UAAAGUGAUUAAAAAGAAGCAGCGGCAGCUUGUUAGGGAGCACAAGACACUAUUUUCUCUCCUCCCUCUCGACUCCUCCUCUUUUCCCAUACCACGACAAACUAUUUGCUUCUCCUCUCUUGAUUUUCCCCUGAAAGACAACAACCCUUUAAAGCAAAACCCUUCUUCAUCAACAAGGUUGUGCAUUUCACGUUGGGAUUUGACAUUCCAGGCAGUUCUAUGGAGGAGGAAUCAAUUCAGCUAGAUCAUGAUUGCAAUUCCACUGAAGAAUCAUCUACUAUGCAGUUAGUUCCUCCAACAUCUCCUGAGAUAAGUGGUGUGUGUGGGCAUCCAAUAGAGAACCCUCGAGUUGGUGAUGAGUAUCAAGCAGAAAUUCCAUCCAUGAUAUCACAAGCAGAGCAUCUACAACUUGUAACAAUCCCUUUUGAUUCAGAUGGAAUAUCCAGCGCUUCCCAUUCCUUUCUAAUAGGUUUACCAGUCCCAAUCAUGUGGCUGGAUGAUCAUAAGGUUACUAGUGGAGAGGAUGAAGGGUGUAGAUCUCUGAGCCACCCUGGAGAUGCGGUUCUUAAAAACGAGUCCAGCAAAUCCAAAAAAUGCAAAAAGCAUUGUACUGUGAAGAAGGAAGGUUCAGAACUCAAUGCUGAAUUAUUGGAUGAUGUUAAGGAAUUGAAACCAGCGACCUUUCAAUCCAAGGUGGCAGGCAAAGAAAACUUAGAUCAGCUGUGUAAAAGCAAAAACUAUUAUCCUCUUCCUGGUUUACUGCAUAACCCUUGGAGAAAUGCAGAUGUAGAUGGUUUUAUUCUUGGUUUAUAUAUAUUUGGAAAAAAUUUUGUUCAGAUGCAGAGAUUCAUAGACAAGGAGGUGGGGGAAAUACUGUCAUUUUAUUAUGGGAAAUUUUAUAUGUCUGAUGCGUAUCGUCGAUGGUCAGAUACUCGGAAGACAAAAAAGAAGAAAUGUGUAUAUGGACAUAGAAUUUUCACAGGGUGGAGGCAACAGGAACUGUUCUCUCGUCUGGAUCCUCAUGUCCCAGUGCAUUUUCGAAAUACUUUCCAAGAGGUCUCUAUGGAAUUUACCAAGGGUAAAAUCUCACUAGAAGAUUAUGUAUUCAAAUUAAAGGCCACUGUUGGCAUUCAAGUUCUUGUAGAAGCUGUUGGUAUCGGUAAGGGGAAAGAUGAUCUCACUGGUCUUGCCAUGGAACCUGUAAAAAGCAAUCAUUUGUUUCCUGAUUGUCCAGCUGGUAAAGAUUACUCCUCUCUUACAGCCAGUGAGAUAAUCAAGCUUUUGACUGGGGGCUUCCGUUUGAGCAAAGCUCGCUCUAAUGACAUUUUUUGGGAAGCUGUUUGGCCCCGUUUGCUGGCAAGAGGGUGGCACUCUGAGCAACCACAGAAUCAGGGUUAUGUUGAUACCAAUCACUGUCUUGUUUUUCUCGUUCCUGGCAUUAAGAAAUUUUCAAGAAGAAAACUUGUGAAAGGUAAUCACUACUUUGACUCUGUCAGUGAUGUUUUGAGCAAAGUUGCAUCAGAACCAACGCUUAUUGAGCUUGAAGCUGAAGAAACUAGAGGCAGCAUCUGCUAUGAAGAGGAUGGCUGGGAUCCAGGAGUACCAUCAAACCUGGAUGAUCAAUCCAUUUGUCAACCCCGCCAAUUUCUUAAACCUCAGGUUUCUAAACGCAAUCUGAACCAUGUGAAGUUCACUGUUGUGGAUUCAAGUUUGGACGGAGGGAAAAAGUCCAAGGUGAAAGAAAUGAGAUACUCUCCAGAUGAUUUGAAAGUUAUGCCCUUGUUCACCACUCUUUCAGGUAGAACUCCAAGGAUUUUUUUGGAGAGCACACUGGAUAAAAAUGAUCUAGAUGCUCUUGGUAUGCCAUUGGAUGGUGAAGAGAAAAUGAAUGAUGUUGACUGCAAUGAGGGUGGUACAUUUCAUGCAUGCAGCUCGAACUCUACGAAGUUCACCAUUGUAGACACCAGUUUGUUACUUGGAGGAAUAUCAGUAAGGCCAAGAGAACUAAGAUGUUUACCAGUUGAGUAUGACUGUGCUUCUGAAAUGACCAAUGCAACUGAGAAUGAAACCGAUUCCUCUGACAAUUCACUGGUUCAGCAUGCACCAGAUGCAGCUAAUAGACCCAACUAUAGAAGGGGUAUAUUUGAAAAGAGCUACCAGGACGAAAGCUCCGAAUUGAAAGAACACCAGCCAACGAGAACUUUAAAGCACCAAUCAAGUCGAAGGGCAAAAUCCAGCCAGUCAAAUUACUUGGUCCCUCCAGUGAAACGACAGAGACUAACUGUUUGUUCUGAUACAGAGAUGAGCGAUGUCAUUGAGAAUUUCUCUGGAGGCAUGCGGUCAAAACAAGGGAGGGUUUGUUUAGCUUUGAAAGCACCAAGUGCUGGCAGCAAAGCCUUUAAAGUCCAUGGUUAUCGAAAGAAAUCAUCAUCAACUAAACCCUCAGCUAAAUGUGAUCCAGAAGAGGAGAAUGGCGGGGGGAUGUUGAGUGCAAAUUAUUUUGGUUUAGGAAAUUCUCAGAGAGAAAAUGUGGAACAUCAAUCCCCGCUUUUGAUUGAUCUGAAUCUACCUCAAGUUGCAUUGGACUCUAAUAAUGGAGAAGUGGUGCCCAUGGAAGUGGAAAACAUCCAAAGAAUAAAUGCCAAUAAUAAAUGUUAUCCAUCUCAGUCAGAUAAUACCAAUACCGACAUGUUGAGUACCUCUGUUGAUGUUACUCCUGCAGCAGAGGAACCUGAUAUGAACCCCAGAAGGCAAAGCACAAGAAACAGGCCAAUGACCAUUAAAGCAUUGGCAGCUCUUGAAUAUGGAUUCUUGGAAGUGAAGAAGAGGCCAAAGAACGAUGGAGUUCGCACAGACAAGAAAUCCUGUUUUAGAGCCCUUCCUCGGGUCCAACAACAUAGUAGUAGAAGUAACAUAAAGGCAUGCAGUGUCGGUGCUGGUAUUGUGGAUUUGAAGGAAGAAAGGGAUGCUAGUGGAGCCUUCAUUGUUGAAUGAAAGUUCCUGAAAGAAUUCAAGUUAUAUUCUCCCACAUAUAUUAACCAACAGGCCAAAUAUCUUGCAGCGCUAUCUCAUUAAAGAUCAUUAAAGGCCAAAUAGGAUUGUAGUAUAAUUAGUCUAUAUCUUUUGUGAUUCUAGCAUUUCUUGGGGUUUAAAGAGGGUUUUAACCCGCACUUCGACAUGGCUAUGCUAUACUUCUGAUCUGUUUCACAAUAGGGAAUUACUUAGAGAGCAAGUGAGCAACAAAGCACAUGUGUUUUAGAUUCCUGCAAUCACUGAUUUCAUCGCUACACAAGGUCUAGGGAGAACCAUGUUGUUAACCUGAUGACCCACUAGCUAUCGAAGUCACAUUUCUUGUGACAAUCUGAAAGAAGGUUGCAGGGCUGCAGCUGAAGAUGAAAUGUGUUUAUUCUCCCUUUCCAUGAUAAUUGUUUUUUGAAAAACAUGAGCAUAUGCGGACAAAUAUGGCUAGUGUCACUUAUGACUGACUUCUCAGCAUUGAGAAGUUGAUCUCAUCAUCUGCUGCAGGAAAACAAAGUUACUGCUUCAAGAAGGAAGCAUACUGUUCAUGUCUGCUCACCUUUUGUCAGUGUAAAGUAGCUUGCACAUAUCAACUCUUCAUCACUUGUGGACAAAUAUUGCCCGAGGACGUAGAUGGUCCUUCUUUU